AUGGAAACAUCAUUGGUUUUCUUUUCUCAAUUAAAUAUGUGUGAACCAAAAGAAAAAACUUUUUUCAAGUUAAUAUAUGGUUCGGGAAAAGAAGAAACAAGCAAAGAAGCCAAAAUCAGAGCUAAGGAAAAAAGAAAUAGGCUAAGUCUUCUUGUGCAGAAACCUGAGUUUCACGAAGAUACUCUUUCCAGCAGAUCUGGGCAAUUGGCCAAAGAAACAAGAAUCUCUCCUGAAGAAGCAGUGAUAUGGGGUGAAUCAUUUGACAAACUGCUUUCCCAUAAAGAUGGACUGGAGACUUUUACCAGAUUUCUUAAAACUGAAUUCAGUGAGGAAAACAUUGAAUUUUGGAUAGCCUGUGAAGAUUUCAAGAAAAGCAAAGACCCUCAACAAAUAAUUCAUAAAGCAAAAGCAAUAUAUGAGAAAUUUAUACAGAAUGAUGCUCCACAAGAGGUUAACCUUGAUUUUCACACCAAAGAAAUCAUUACCAGAAGCAUCACCCAACCCACCCUCCACAGUUUUGAUGCCGCACAAAGCAGAGUGUAUCAGCUCAUGGAACAAGACAGUUACACACGUUUUCUGAAAUCUGACAUCUAUUUAGACUUGAUAGAAGGAAGACCUCAGAGACCAACAAAUCUUAGAAGACGAUCACGUUCAUUUACCUACAAUGAAUUCCAGGAUGUAAAGUCAGAUGUUGCCAUUUGGUUAUAA